AUGAAAUUAGUGACGAAAUGGUUUUGUAAUAGAAACCUGUGUACGUAUAAGAUGAAAUUCCUGUAUGUCUUCGCAUUUCUGACAACCGCCACAAUCACAUUAAAUAUAUGUAAAGCGGAUACAAUUUCACCACCACCACAAUGCGAUCCAAAUGUUAUAGAAGAAGCGCCGUAUCAAUUACGUAAAGUAUGUGCCGCAUUGUCAACCAUUUAUCAGUUAUCAAAUGCAAUGGAAUCAUAUAUUGAAGAAAAAGCACCGCGACAAUUACAAUAUUUAAGAGCCGGUAACAGUAACGAACGAUUCGACAACAGCGUGAAAAGGCAAGACCUGGAUCACGUGUUUCUUAGAUUUGGAAGACGUCGUCGUUGA